CUCCCUCCAUGGGGUGCUGGGUGGUGCAUUCCCAGCUGAGAUCAAUGGAAGCCGGGCUAGAACAGUGCAGCCCAAGGGGGGGAUUCGCUGCCUCCCCUGCUUCUGGAGCUUGUUGGUUCCAUCCCCAUUAAAAUCAAGGGAGAGCAGGCCGGCCCAUUGCAACCCCAGGGGGAGAACUUACAGUGGCGGCCGACCCAGACCAUUGCAACUCAAAGGGGAGGGUUGCGGCCCCCGAAUUGUGGGUAUUCAGUGAUCCAUUCCCCGUUUGAAACGCACUGGGGGUGCAGACCACUGUAGGCUGGGAAGGGGUGCCCUAUAUCCUGCUGUCCCCCAUCAUGGGAACCUGAAUGGCACCUUCCAAAGCAAACUCAAAGGAACUGGGAGAGACCAAGGCAUCUCGUGGGGGGGGGAGGGUGAUUUGUGCUCUCCUUCUGUGUGAGGGGUUCAGUGGUACCUUCCCCAACACGGGAGUAGAGCAGACUAUGUCAACUGGAGGGAGAAGUUAUAGCAUUGGUAUGUUCCUCAGUGCUCUCAAGUGAGCAGAAGAUGAGAUAUUCCAUCCCCAUCAAGGGGAGGGGGAAGAGAGCAUCCCCCAGCAUUGCACGUGCACCAAUAAAGCCAGCAGGGAGCUGGGUCAGACCAUGGUCACAGAGCGAGCAGGGGGCUGGGAGCCAGGACUCCUGGGUUCUGUUACUGUCUCUGCCUGUAUUCCCAGCCUGCUAGCUUCGGUGUCCCAUGGGCCUGGAUUGGGACCCGUUGUUGGAAGUCAGAUCCCUGCUGUGUUGGCGAGGAGGGAGCUCCAGGCUCAUGGCAGUGGAACACGGGGGUCACCAUGCUGGCUCCAAUGAGGCUAGCACCCAUUUCUGCAGUCACAUCACAUGUCACGACACCAUUGCAAUAGCAGCUACCGGCUGAUAGCACCUCGCUCCCUGACAGAGUGACUGGGCAGCUUUGCGGGGCUCCCUCCAAGGUGGCUGCACAUCACAAUGCAGUGAGAACAAGGAGUCGUUGGCUCUGGUCUGGCCCCAUGGCAGGAGGACUGACUGGUUGAGGAUGUGGGGGGGAGGGGGAAUAAGACACAGGGCCUGUCUCCUCUAGGAGGCAUUGGCUCUGAUCCAGCCCCAUGUGAUAUGUAUUCAGGACCCACAGAGUACCCAUGCCGGUGCACCCGGCGCCCAAGGAGGCGGAGGAGAUGGAGGGGGAUGGGGACUCGGCACCUGAGCUGAAUGGCGAAGAGGAGGAGAGUGAGGAGGAGCAUAGUGCCAGCCCUUCUGAAUCAGAGGAAGAAAGCUCAGAGAUGGACGAGGAGGACUGUGAGCGGCGCCGCAGCGAGUGCCUGGAUGAGAUGUGUGACCUGGAGAAGCAGUUCUCUGAGCUGAAGGAAAAGCUAUUCAAGGAGCGGCUGAACCAGGUGAAGGCCAAGCUGGAGGACGUGGCGUCGGGGCGGGCGGCUGAGUAUCUCGACCCCCUGGGUGUCCUGCAGAACAACAUGAAGAUCCGCAUCGAGGUGGCUGGCAUCUACAAGGGGCUGUGCCUGGAGGUGGUCAGGAACAAGCAUGAGUGUGAGCUGCAGGGAGCACGCCAGCACCUGGAGAGUGAGAAGCUGCUGCUCUACGACAACAUGCAGAGCGAGCUGCUGGAGCGAAUCCAGCGCCUGGAGGAUGAUCGGCAGAGCAUCGACAUCACCUCAGAGUGGUGGGACGACAAGCUGCGCCCCAAGAACAGCCUCAAGAAGUGGGAUCCCUUCCGGCCUGCCAAGAGGAAGAAAGCGCCGCUUGUGUCUGGUCCCUACAUCGUCUACAUGCUGCGGGACAUCGACAUCCUGGAAGACUGGACGGCCAUCAAAAAGGCUAAAGCAGCCGUGUCGCCCCAGAAGAGAAAAUCAGACGUGCUGGUGAAGGUGGAGAAGCUGGGGGCCCAGUUUUCAGCCCACUGCGAGGACGGGCGGCUGCAUUACGAGGGUGAGAUCUACAGCAAAGGGCAGAGCGUCAUCCUGGAGGUCGGGGACGAGGCACCUGCGCAGGCAGUGAUCACGGCUGUCAGCACUGGGGAGGUCUGGCUGCGCCGGGAGGAUGGCACCAAGACCAAAAUCUACGUCUCACAGCUGCAGAAGGGCAAGUACUCGGUGCACAAGGCCUGAGCGGGCCCUCUCGUGGCUCAGCCCUGCGGCUCGGCACAGGCCUCCUCCUGGAAACCAACGGCCCACGGACCCUCCCCGGCACACCGAGUGGCUGGACUUGCUCUCCCCUUGCACUAGGACUCAGAUGGAGAGGACUCUGGGGCCCUGCCCGGCGGGGUGUUCCCAUGGCCAGCGCUCCCGCCUGCAGACAGGCCAGCACAAGGCUUCACCGCUCGCUUCCCUCGCUAGGACUCUGGUGUUUGUAGCAAUCUUGGGGGGCUGCACAUACACCCUGGGGCCGUUGUGCCUCCUAGGGAAAUAGGGGUGCUGGUUCCACGGGCUUCAGCAGGAAAAGCCCUGGGCCUCGGCCAGCCCCCUGGAAGCGUUCACAUUAAAAAUCAAGUGAAACAUA